UUUGUCUGAUUAUGGAGACCCUGGAAGAAGCUGAAGUCUGCUUUCCACAGCUAUUCAACAUCUCCUGCAGGAAGCCAGUGCAGCAACAUGCAGAGACCAUAUACCUUUACAUCCUGCUCUAUUGCAUCUCUUUGCUCACUGUGGUUCUCAACUUGCUGGUCAUCAUCUCUAUCUUCCACUUCAGGCAACUCCACACACCCACCAACCUCCUCCUCCUCUCGCUGGCUGUCUCAGACUUCCUCGUUGGCCUCCUGUUGAUGCCGAUUCAAAUCCUCUUGAUAGGGGGAUGCUGGUUUUGGGGGAGCUUGAUAUGUGGACUGUUUUACUAUGCCUCUUUUAUCCUUACCUCUGCCUCAGUAGGAAACAUGGUGCUCAUAUCAGUCGAUCGAUACGUAGCCAUUUGUGACCCUUUAUGUUAUCCCACUAAAGUCACUCAGAAAAGAAUUAAAAUCUGUGUUUGUUUGUGCUGGGGCUGUUCUGUGUUCUAUAAUGGUGUGAUACUGAUGGACUUCCUGACACAACCAGAUAAAUAUAAUUCCUGUUACGGAGAGUGUGUAGUUGUUAUUAAUUUCAUAACUGGAGCUGUUGAUGUCAUGUUGACCUUUGUUGGCCCCAUUGCUGUCAUCAUAAUUCUGUACAUGAGAGUAUUUGUGGUGGCUGUGUCUCAGGCUCGAGCCAUGAGGUCUCAUGUUGCAGGAGUUACACUGCAGGGUUCAGUUAGUGUGACUGCUAAGAAGUCUGAGAGAAAAGCAGCCAAAACUCUUGGUAUUAUUGUUGUUGUAUUUCUGAUAUGCUUCUGUCCUUAUUUUUAUCCGUCUAUUGCAGGCCAGGACUUCACAAGCAGUGUGGCAUUUUCAGUUUUUGGGGUCUGGCUACUUUAUUGUAACUCCUGUCUCAAUCCAGUGGUCUAUGCUUUUUUCUACCCCUGGUUUAGGAGAUCUGUGAAACUCAUUGUUACACUUCAGAUUCUGGAGCCUGACUCCUGUGACACCAAGAUAUUGUAGACAUGUCAAUUUAGUGCUUAAGGAACAAAGGACAACAAGCAAACUUGGCAAAAAUGUAUGCUCUUUAUUAAGCUGUGUUUUAGUACAGAACCUUGGUCAGAAUAUUUCAGAAGGUAAGAAAAAAAGAACAGAUUCUACGAGCACAUUCUUAUCAACAUGUUUUUCAUGACCAUCAGUUUUUCAUGAAAGCAAAAACAUUGUUCAUGGGUUUGGAUCACAAAAUUCAACAACUACACAUGGCCUGGAAAAGAAAAAAUAUUAAUUUAAAUAAAAAUAAAAUACCCUGAACUUGUUUGUCUGUGAUAACCGGUAUGUAUGUAUGAGUAUGUGACCCUACAUGAAUAAAAGUUGAACUGUUUUCUCUUCCUGUCGGUGGAUUUGCCUGCAGAGUUUUCAAAUAUAUACAACCUCUCUGCUCGUCAUAGCCGCUUUUGUUGAUGCUGCAUAACAUAAAACAGGAGGUGCUUUGCUAAUCCUCUUUUACAUAUACUGUAUUCAAUGACAAACAGUGGAAAGACAAUGUAUUUCAUGGCCUCUAAUCAAUUUCAAUUCAAUUCAGUUUAUUUAUAUAGCGCCAAUUCACAACAAAAGUUAUCUCAUGACACACUCUCUAUCAAGUGUUGUCUGAAAGAAACCUAUACUUUGUAACAAAGGAAAAUGAAAGGCAAUGUGAUCCCAGUUUGAUUUUACACACACAAAUUCUUUUGC